GCGGUUUUUUGUGCUGAGACCAGGCAGCCCGGGGGCGGAAGGGCUCGUACGAAGCAGGCCUGGCAAUGCCUUCGCGUUAAAAUCCUUCUAAGAUUUUUUUUUUAAAAAAAACCCUACAAUUCCCAGCAUUCUUCGUUGGGCCUAUUGGAAAACCCCUUUCGCGAGGGAGUGGGGGGCUCCAUUCCACAGGCGGCGCUGUGCCCUCCUUGGCACUUGGCUACACCCGCAGAGAAAUCAGCGCGCAGGCACCCCCCCCCCCAGGGCAUCUGGGAGGCGCUUGGGCAAAGACCACCUUGCACAAGGGGGGGGGGCGCUCCGGGAGGAGUCUCCAAAGGACUACAUUUCCCAGAAUGCGUUGGGAUAUGCAGCGAGGGAGCUCUGGAAAGACUACAUUUCCCAUGGCUCCCGGGAGUCCCUGGGUGGGUGUGGCCUCCGCUUGGCCAGGUAGCCGCAGGUGAGUGGGCUGGGGUGCUGGCGCUCUGAUGAGUUGCGGAAAUCCGGAUGAAGGUGCUGGGACUCCCCAACUGCUGGGGGAUGGCUGCCCUCUCCAGCACACGGGCGGGCGGGGGCGGUAGCGGGAGGGCGCCGGCCGUUCGCUUCUGCGCCACUCAAGGGGUCCGGUGAGCCCCCUGGUCCCUCAGCUCGCCCUGCUCCCUCGUGCUCCAGUUUCCUCCUUAGUCCCUAGUUCUGGUUUAAGCAGGUUGGCCGGGAAAGAGCUCCGGACAAGAGGGAGCGCCCCCCUCCCCCCUUCUUGCGCCGUCUCCAAGCAAAGUUCCUUGAAGAUCUCCCUUUUCUUUGCAUCCGCCUGAAAAGAGAGGGGGCGGCAUGGCUUCCCCCCCGGAGGGCCACCCGCUGAAGCCAGCUCCAGCCAAACCUCUCACGGACCUGGACUUUCACUCUGGAGCGCGAGUGGAGGAGUUGAACCAACUCAUCCAAGAAUACGAAGCCAGGAACCCAGGCGUCCGGGAAGCCCCUGAACUGCACCAGGCAAAGGAUGCCGUCUUCUCACUCUUAGGUGUGGUUCAGAACUCGGAUGGGAAGCUUCCAGCGGUCAAUCGAUACCUGAUUCUCUCUGGAGGGGUCCAGCAGGGCACCGUCGAUGUGGACCUGGGUGUCCCUCACCACCUUUCCCCUGGAAGAGACUAUGAUUCUGACUUCACCCUCCUGGUGCCAGUUCUGAAUGCGGCCGGGGUCCCCAUCACCUUGGACAUGAAGCAGAGUCCACCUGGCCAUACCCAGAUCAGCCUCCAGCCCUUUGACCCCAGCACACUGCGCCGCUGGUCGGACUGUUGCUUGGGAGAGGAGGCCUACCUGUCUGCCCAGCUGGUGUCCGCCUGGUUUGCCCGCUCCUUCGCUUCUGCGGCCAAAGGCGUGAGAGUCGAGCUCCGCGGCUGUGUCACUUCGGUGGUUGUCUCCGUCGGACACUAUCGAGUUCUCUACGAUAUUGUCCCAGUCGUGGCCUUUAAAGGGUGGCCGGAAGUUGCCCAGCCUUGGCUGUCGCAGGCCCAUUUCUGGGAUGGCAAGCUGAGGGAUGAGGAAGUCGCUGGUGGCUUUUACCUCCUGCCGUCCACCUCUGGUGUCAGUUGGCGCCUGGCAUUUUCGGCCAGCGAGUGGCGUCUCAGGAGGACUCUGCCCCUUCCUUUGCUUCAGGCUUUCCGAGCUGCCACGGCGGUUCUUGGCGGCCACUUUUCCAUGGGCUUGCGGCCGUACCACCUCUUCACCCUGGUGCUGCAGGCCUGUGAGCGGCUGCCUGGUAGCUAUCUUGGCCGUGAGGAGAAUGCCGCCCAUGCCUGGCUGGGCCUGCUGGAUGACCUCUCUGCCUGCUUAGUCCACCGGUGCCUUCCUAACUACUUCCUUCCCCCCUGGAACCUUCUGGAAGGCCUUUCCCAUGGAGACAUGGAGUCUCUGGCGCAGGAGCUGGCCAGGGUGAGGGCCAACCCUUCCAAGUUCCUCCGCCGAGCUGUGGAAGGGGCAAAGGAAGCUAAAAGGUUAGCCAAAGCUUUUCAAAAGCAGAAUGCCUCCACUGUUGUCUCGUAACUCCCUCGCUGGGACUGGUGUUGGUUGGCGAGGGCAGAUGUGUGCCAUCGCACCUCAGGCACUACGGCUGGAAAUUGACACCUGCCAAGUGCUUGCGUGCGUCACCCCCACUCCCAGGUUCUGGGGUUUCUGAGCUGCCUUGCCUAGAGUCUCUAACAGAAAGAAUAUUGGGAUGGGGAUUUUUGAGGGACCCUUGCGUCCCCCACUUCUGUGGGCCACCGAGUUCGGCAGGGACUUGGGAGACUGAACACUGGAAUUCUUUUCUGCUGGUGAAGGCAAUGGCCACCCGCAAAGGUGGGCAGAUGACAGCCCUGGGGCCAUGUCUGGACCGCAAGUGGUUGGGACCGUCAGCCUGCCAAGCGGCAGGAUCCUCUCAGAGCCGCUCAAGGGCCCUUCCGAGCAAGAUCCCCACUUGGGUGUCUGCCCUCAGCUGAGGGCUCGAAGUUGGAAAUUGGCUCAUCUUAUUUUCAGUGGUAUCCUCAAAUGAGGUCAGAGACCUAGAGGUGACCUCGAGGUAGAAAAUUUGUCUCCUGGUAAGGGAGAGGGAGGGGCAUCUCAUGUGGGGGGGGUGCGUUCUGGGUGUUCCUCCCACAUUGUGCCUUAAGCUGACCUUUUUCCUGCCAAAUGUCACCUCCCCCCCCCCCGCCCUUGAUAUCGAAGGGAUGUGUGAGAAUGCUCCAAAUUGCCAUUUUAUUCUAGUCCAUCAGCAUCUAACAGAGUUCUGCCAAAGAGGAGCUCUAACGUUGCUGAUGGCGGCAGCGAGACCAGGAGAUCUUCAGGCUAAAAGUAAACUGGGAUUCCUGAGAGGGGGAGUUUCUGGAGGGGGGGCCCCCCACAACUUCUGCUUCAGUACCACAGCCAAAGGUUGACAAACCAAAGGCCAGAAAGUGGCUGCCAGAGUCAUAAAGGAUCCUUGAUAGACAAUUAGGGUAUCAAUGCAAUAUGUUUAUAAGGAAUAUGGCUGAACUUCCAAUUUAAAAUAACUUCUCUAUGAAUGUAAACGUAUAAAGAAAACAAUCCUGAUAUUAUUUUUAUACAACGGUAAUGAGAUUUUGUGGGGGGAGGGGACCAGAGGAUGUUUUGUACCCACUGCAAAAAAUUACAUUAAAGGGUGAACUUGAAA